UGGAAAUAACUCAAACAUUCUUUAACUGGUAAAUGGGUAAACAAAUUAUCACACCUCAUAUAACAGAAUACUACCUAACCAUAAAAAGGACUGAAUUACUGACAAACACAACAACAUGGAUAACUCUCAAAUGCAUUAUGCUAAGUAAGGGAAGCCAAAUCCAAAAGGCUUAUUGUAUUAUUCCACUUAUAUGACAUUCUGGAAAAGGAAAAUUGUAGGAGAGAUCUAAUUUGGCCAGAGGAUGGAUGGGGGAUGGGUUGAACACAAAGAGACAGUGAAAGGGAUUACUGGAAGGUGAUGGCACUAUUUUUGAUUGGAUAGCUCCAUGAAUAGGCAUUUGUCAAAAACUAAUAGAACAGCACACUAAAAAGUCAAUUUUACUAUAUAUAUAAAUUUUAAAAAUAAAUGCAUAAAAGUAAAAACAAAGUAACAGGCCCAUGGCAAAUUCAAGCAACAAAAGGAAUUCAUAAAAAAAACUCCCUCCCAGUCCUUCAUGGUGAUAGGCUAUUUCUGCAUUUUGAUUGCAGUGAUGGUUGUAAAUCUACAUAUGUGAUAAAAUGAGACAAAAGUACACCACACAUUAUACCAAUGUAAAUUUCCUGUUUUGGAGGCAUUAUACUAUAGUCAAGAUAGUACCUUAACCACAUGGGAGAAACUGGGUGAAGGGUACUAGGAGUUCUGUAUUAUCGUUGUGACUUCCUGUUAAUCUACCUAUCUAUCUAUGUCUAUAAAGUAUUUAUCAACCAAACUUCCAGACUCUAGUCCUGCUCCCCAGAGGUAACACCAAUUUUGUGUGCAUUCCUCUGCAUAUUAAAAUCUAAUAUUCUAUAUAUGUAUACAUGCACAUGUAAAUUUAUACACAAGUACUUUGAAUACAAAAAGUAGCAUAUUAUACACAGUUUUGCACCUUGUUCUUUUUCAAUUAUUACUUUGGGGGUACUUCCAUAUCACAGACAUAUGGAGCCACAGCAUUUUUUUCUGCUGCAUAGUAUUCCAUCUCGCCGCAACAUCAUAAUAUAUUUCAACAACGUCUUAUUAAUGGACAUUUGGAUCUUAACAAGGAAAUGAAUGGAAGUAAUUUGUAAAUUUUUAAAACAUGAAAGAUCAGCUGGAGUUGAGACCAAACACAAAAGUUUUCAGACUCACAGACUUGUCUUCAGAAUAUCUUUUGACCAGAAGGGGGACCAUAAGAGGUAGGAGAGGCGAAACACUGGGAAAUGUUCUGGCCCGUUGGGAAGCGGAGGGGCCUGGGGGGAAUUACUGCCGGGUUCGGGUUCGUUGAGGGGCGCUCUACUGCCAGAAUAGGAGGCGGUGCUCCAAGCCAAGGUUUCCUUACGCUGCAGCUCGGACAUACCUAAGUGCGUCAGGGUCAUGCACGUGGCAGGGAUGUGUGGCCAUCUCCAGCAUCCAGCCGGGACCCACGGCCACCGCACAGUCUGAACCUCCACCGCCUCCAGCCCACGCGCGUAGGGGGCGUACACGUGGUGACCUGCCUGGGGCCGGGUUCCCGGCUGGGGCUCCUCCUCCCUCCAGAUCUCGCUCUGCUUUUCUGCAGUAUCACGUGCAGCUGCGCCGGGUGCAGGAUGGCGGCUGCGGCAGGCGCGGUAAGUGUCAGGCUCCGGGACUGCUGCAGCCGAGGCGCUGUGCUGCUGCUCUUCUUCUCCCUGUCCCCUCGGCCCCCGGCUGCCGCCGCCUGGCUGCUGGGCCUGAGGCCCGAGGACACCGCUGGAGGCCGCGUGUCCCUGGAGGGGGGCACCCUGCGCGCCGCGGAAGGCACCAGCUUCCUCCUGCGCGUUUAUUUCCAGCCCGGGCCGGCGGCGCCCGCGGCGCCAGUGCCUGUACCCACCCUUUCCCCGGCGGAGAACGGCACCGGCGACUGGGCUCCGCGGCUCAUGUUUAUCGAGGAGCCCCCGGGCGGGAGCGGCGUGGCUCCCAGCGCUGUCCCCACGCACCCCCCGGGGCCGCAGCGCUGCCGCGAGCAGAGCGACUGGGCGUCCGACGUGGAGGUCCUGGGGCCCCUGCGCCCCGGAGGCGUGGCGGGCUCGGCUCUAGUCCAGGUGCGGGUACGAGAGCUGCGCAAGGGCGAGGCAGAGCGGGGCGGCGCGGGCGGUGGCGGGAAGCUCUUCUCGCUGUGCGCCUGGGACGGGCGCGCUUGGCAUCACCACGGCGCUGCCGGUGGCUUCCUGCUGCGCGUCCGCCCGCGGCUCUACAGCCCGGGCGGGAAUCUGCUGCCCCCCUCGUGGCUGCGGGCUCUCGGGGCGCUUUUGCUGCUCGCCCUGUCUGCCCUGUUCAGCGGCCUGCGCCUGAGCCUGCUCUCGCUGGACCCGGUGGAGUUACGGGUGCUGCGGAACAGCGGCUCUGCAGCGGAGAAGGAGCAGGCGCGCCGAGUGCAGGCAGUGCGCGGCCGGGGGACCCAUCUGCUCUGCACCCUACUCCUGGGCCAAGCCGGAGCCAACGCGGCCCUGGCCGGCUGGCUGUACGCCUCGCUGCCGCCGGGCGUCGGGGGCACCGGUGAAGACUACAGCGAGGCGGGGAUUCACUUCCCGUGGCUGCCAGCUCUCGUGUGCACCGGCGCGGUGUUCCUGGGAGCCGAGAUCUGCCCCUACUCGGUGUGUUCACGGCACGGGCUCGCCAUCGCCUCGCACAGCGUCUGCCUGACCCGGCUUCUGAUGGCGGCCGCCUUCCCCGUGUGCUACCCGCUGGGCCGCCUGUUGGACUGGGCCCUGCGUCAGGAGAUAAGCACCUUCUACACGCGGGAGAAGCUGCUGGAGACACUGCGGGCCGCGGACCCCUACAGUGACCUGGUGAAGGAGGAGCUUAACAUCAUCCAGGGCGCCCUGGAGCUGCGCACCAAGGUGGUGGAGGAGGUGCUGACCCCCCUCGGGGACUGCUUCAUGCUACGCUCUGACGCCGUGCUGGACUUUGCCACAGUCUCAGAGAUCCUGCGCAGCGGCUACACUCGCAUCCCAGUGUACGAGGGUGACCAGCGGCACAACAUUGUGGACAUCCUGUUUGUUAAGGACUUGGCCUUCGUGGACCCGGAUGACUGCACACCGCUCCUCACCGUCACCCGCUUCUACAACCGGCCCCUGCACUGCGUCUUCAAUGAUACACGGCUGGACACGGUGCUGGAGGAGUUUAAGAAGGGAAAAUCUCACCUGGCCAUUGUCCAGCGGGUGAAUAAUGAGGGAGAAGGGGACCCCUUCUAUGAAGUGAUGGGCAUUGUCACACUGGAGGACAUCAUAGAGGAGAUCAUCAAGUCAGAGAUCCUGGACGAAACUGACCUCUACACUGACAAUCGGAAAAAGCAGAGGGUCCCACACCGGGAGAGGAAGCGGCAUGACUUCUCCUUGUUUAAGCUUUCUGACUCGGAGAUAAGGGUGAAGAUCUCUCCGCAGCUCCUGCUGGCCACCCACCGCUUCAUGGCCACAGAAGUGGAGCCCUUUAAGUCCCUGUACCUUUCGGAGAAGAUCCUGCUCCGACUCCUGAAACAUCCCAACGUGAUCCAGGAGCUGAAGUUUGAUGAGAAGAACAAGAAGGCCCCUGAACACUACCUCUACCAGCGCAGCCGCCCCGUGGACUACUUCAUGCUGCUUCUCCAGGGUAGAGUGGAGGUGGAGGUUGGUAAGGAAGGCCUUCGCUUCGAGAAUGGAGCUUUCACCUACUAUGGUGCCCCAGCCAUCAUGACCACUGCCUGCUCAGAUAAUGACGUACGGAAGGUUGGAAGUCUGGCUGGAUCCUCUGUCUUUCUGCCCGUCUCUGUGUCUCGUACCUUCGCCUUCAGCAGAGGGGACUCUCUGGCAGGCUCCCCAGUAAACCGGUCCCCUUCUCGCUGUAGCGGGCUGAACCGCUCGGAGUCUCCAAACCGCGAGCGCAGUGACUUUGGGGGGAGCAACACCCAGCUGUGCGGCAGCGGCAAUAACCUCUACACCCCUGACUACUCAGUGCGCAUCCUCAGCGACGUGCAGUUUGUGAAGGUCACACGGCAACAGUACCAGAAUGCGCUCACAGCCUGCCGCAUGGACAGCUCGCCCCAGUCCCCGGACAUGGAGGCCUUCACUGAUGCAGACUCCACCAAGGCCCCUGUGACCCGGGGCACGCCCCAGACCCCUAAGGAUGACCCUGCUGUCACCCUCCUGAACACCAGGAGCAGCCUGCCGUGCAGCCGCACAGACGGGCUGAGAAGCCCCAGCGAGGUGGUGUACCUGAGGAUGGAGGAGAUGGCCUUCACCCAGGAAGAAAUGACAGACUUCGAGAAGCACAGCACACAGCAGCUCUCACUGUCACCUACAGCUGUUCCCACGAGAGCAGCAUCAGACAGUGAAUGUUGUAAUAUCAACUUGGACACGGAGACCAGCCCCUGCAGUAGUGACUUUGAGGAAACCGUGGGCAAGAAGCUGCUGAGAACCCUGAGUGGUCGAAAAAGGAAGCGGUCACCGGAUGAAGGGAGAGCCUUGGAGGAGAACUCCAAUCUAACACCUCUGAUCACAUGACAGGCAGGCAGUGCUUGCUGGGUGUGUGAGGUUCCAGAGCUGUGGGAGACAACCCACCCUCUCCUCUCCGCAUCUCCCCACGGUGACAGAGUGCUCUGCUUUGCUUACCACCUCUUCACUCCUGGCUGUCAGUUUGGCAGAUUUUCCCUCAUUGCCUCCAGUUUGACUCAGAGCCUUACUGUGGCCAUAACGAAGGAGGUGGCUCCGGUGGAACAUGCUAGAGAUGGUCUUGUCCACAGCAGUCUGAGGCUAGAGAAGAAAUGACCCCAAGCUGACAACACCACUCUGGGAACCCUGAUGUCCUUUUUGUUCUUUGGGAUCCACUGAUGCCAUAUUUCAUGCUUAGCUUAGCUCAGAAAGUGCCACUGGCAGACAGGCACAUAGGAGGCUGGGGUAGCAGGUAUGAAACUUAGUUCAGGAGAUGCACCAAGAAUUUCUCCAGAGCUUUGAGCAGUGGGUCUUGGCCAUAUUGGCUGGUGAUGUAGCAGUACAGAAAACUGUCAGUGACCAGUUUCCUGUUAGAUAAGCAUUCUAGCAGCCUGGGAAGUGUGUCUCAGCCAGAAUGGAAAGAAUGUGAGAUGGAACCUCAAGUCACUGUUUUUCCCAGGGACACAUCUUUUUGGCUCCUUAUCAACAAUCACAGUCCUUCAAUAAAUCUGCUCUGAAAGACAAGGAACAGGGAGCAGAGAGACCCAGUUGGGAGCCAGAGAUGGAAUUUCAGGUUUUAAGUUUAAAUCAAAGAAAAAAAAAACUUAUGUGGAAAAAUUUUAAGUUUAGCCAUGACAAACCAAAGCGUGCCCAGGUCAGGGGAGAAGGAUGGCGGCUCCCACAGGACUUCAGUGUGCAGUACACAGGAGCAUUGAAGAAUCACUCUUCUUUUCCAUCCAUUCUCCCCACCCCCACCCCCUACUCCCAGCAGGUCAGAUAAACGUACUUAACUAUAGUCCAAGAACUUGAACUUAACAUCUGUUUUGUCACCUGGAUGUUGGGGUAAAUGCAGUUCCAGAAAUAACCACCAGAUGGCAGAAUGACUCCACAUACCUACCUAAGAAUAAUGACUAGGAACCACACAGCCAGCCUAUGGGAAAAUGUGAUAGUGAAGGCUGUCCUGACCUACCACCCACCCCUCCGGAACUCCCAGUCAAAGACCCAGUGAUCCAGUGCUGCCUGCUGAAAUCCCCAAACUAUUCCCAAACUUUUCCCUCGGGUAUACCAGCUAGGCUUACCUCCCUUCUUUCAAAACCACUAAUUGCUCCCCAUCCCCACACCCAAUCAAUCAAUAAUCACAUGGGGAGGAAGAAGACUGAUAAUUCCUUUGGGUUAUUUGCAUCUCAAAAGAAAAUGCUUACCCACAGGAACCUUUAACUCAGGGGUUCUUAACUUGGGGGUCCAUCAACCUAGAGGGUCUAUUGUUGGACUUCAGAAGGUCUGUGAAACCCCUAAUACUGUCAGAUUUAGUGUAUGUGUUCUUAUGAGUGUUUUCCAGAGGGCAAAAGCUUUCAAGUGAUUCUCAAAGGUUUCAGACCCACAAGGGUUAAAAACCACUACUGUAACUAGUGGAACUCUGAGCCCAAAGUUUCUGCAAUGCAGAAUGAAGUGAAUACUGGGUGGUUCCAGACAUUUUUAACCACAAGUGGUCUCUCAGGUGUCCACCAAAUACAUGGGGAAAGCUGGCACCCACAAAAAAGUGGAAGUCUUCAGAAAUUCUUGGCACACCCUAGGAUACUAUAGAACUUACACCCCACAUAACUGUGUCCCCUCUUCCCAGACAACCAGAGCAGGUAUUGCAGACAGGAGGGCCACAGCAUGUGAGAGUAAAGAUUUUCCAGCUGGAGAUGCCUUUUCUAGCCAUGUAGUAGGACUUGACACCCCUUCCUGGCUCUGCCUGAGGCUCAACAGUGCAUGACUUCUAGCAGAUGACUCAUGGCUACCACCCAUCCCCAACACCUACUCUUGCCUAGUAGGAAUACGCAAAGUGUCAUCCCUCAGUCUGGGUGCCGCAGACCCAAACCAGCCAAUGGUGAGUUCUGAGCAAGUCCUGCCAUCAUAGGGUUUUCUUGCCCACCUCGGCGCUGGCCCAAGGGGACCUGCCCGGCUGCUCUUCCUUUCAUUUCCCUGUGGGCCACCAGCUCAGGCCACUGCUGUUGCAUCACAUCCAUCCCUUUGCAGAAUCCCAAAGGAGCCUGUCACCGCUCCCUUCCCUGUUCCCUACUCCUCCCCACCAUGAUUUUCUUCAGGUUAAAAAAGUUAAAAGAAAAAAAGGAUUUUAAAGCAUUUAUGAAGGCUUAAUAAAUUGUAAAUAAUUUUUAAAUAAAAUGAACAUGUUUUUCCUGAAACGUUUUCCUUACCCCUGGAAUCUCCAAGUUCUGAAGUGGCUUCAUUUGAGGUGUAGGUUGGGUGGAGCACCCGUGUAAUUAUCUCACCAGAUGCACUGUCCAGGCCAGGUGUGGGGCUGCAGUUAGGGUUACAGGAAAGUGCUGGUGCUGUAUUCUUGGAGGCCAGAGGGGUAAGGUUUUGCAGAAGCAAAUGCCAGAAAUGGGAAAUAAAACCCAAAUGAGAAGUCAGUGAGAAUGAGGACAAGGAAGGGGCCUGAGAUGAUCGAUCAUGAGAGGGGCUGCCAUCUGUUGAACCCACGUGAUGCGACAAGCACUGGGCUGGGCACCUGCCUAGUUCAAGGCCUGAGGGUGGGGGUGGCACAGUGGUUUCCAGCCAAAGGCUGGGGAAAGGAACAGGCUUAUUUGUCAGUUUUAAACCAGUGCAGGAGGGAAGCAACAGCCAGGCAGGUGGGAAGGUGUGUUUGAGGAUUUGUCUUUGUUAGUGGAAGGUUGGAACUUGACACCUACAUUUCUCAAACCAGCACACAGGGCAAUUCAUGGCCUGUGGACAACUUGAGAUUGUUCCCAGAAGCCUCCGUAGAGGCUAACUUCAUUAAUAAUAAUAAAUCAUAGCCACAACUAUUUUGCUGAGAGCUUUAUGUGCCAAGUAUUAUAUUAACUAUACAUUUACUCAGUUAUUUCUCAAAACCACAGUGGAGGAUUUAAUGGUUUUUGUUUUACAGCCUAUGAAACUGGCUGAGUCAUCAUUAGGUGACUAGCUCAAGGUUACAUAGCCAGCAAGUGGCCAAGCCUCAGGCUGGGUAUGCCUUCCUCCUGAGCAGGCAAAAUCUGGGCAACAAUCCUACCUCUGAAAUUCAGAGGCAUGUGACAGGCCCUGAGCAGCAGGAGAGAAACCUGCAUAAGCCCCCUUUCCCAAACUUACCCUUUUUUAUGUGAACAAUUGGGGGAAACCCUGGCCAAAAUAUAUGUGAGAAGAGAGACCAAAUUCCCACUGAGAUUAGGGCUUUUUUUAAAAUGCUAAAAACAUUUGAGCAUUUUGAUAGGGGCAUUUGGUUUAAAGAAGUGUUUUUAACAAUUUUUUUCACAAGUGCCCCCCCAAACAGAGAUAAAAAGUAAUUAUCUACCUAACAAGGGAAAUUAAAUCCUAAGAGGUAAGAUUUUGUCAUAUAGAAUUGCACUUUGGAGGGCCACAAAGCACUUUAAUCUCACUCUUUUUGCCCAAGGACCCAUUUUUGGCUCCUUGGUGGUACUCUAACCCCUCACUGAAAAUUCAUGGUUUAAAGCUAUGUAUGCUUAGGGAAAAUGAUAGAAGAUUGACAGAAGGUAGAAUCACCUACAGCAAGCAUCUUUAAAUAGGAAGAACAAAUACUGAUAGAAAGGAGAGGGUGGAGUUUCACAGGCAAAGCAAAAACAAGGAAUAUCAAGGGCUGCAUUCAAACAUGUGAAAGGUCAGCAGUUAGAAGUGCCAGCAGACUCAGUGCCUGUGGUCUAACGGAGGGGAAGACGGCACCAGGGAGCAGGACAGAUGGAGGUCAAAUUCCAGAUCAAAGUAAAACAUCUUUUUCAUUAAGGUGCUCCAUCAAAAGAAUGGGUGCUUCACCAAUACUGGAAGUACUCCAACUAACAGAGACUCCCCAGUAGAAAUGAGCUGGGGACAAUGUGGAGACUAUACACUGGGGAGGGGCUGGAGCUGAUGACUUUUAAGACCCCCAUCAGCCCUCAAGACCAUAGGAUUUUAUAACUCAACAGUGUCCUAGAAAGGGGCAGAUCUUGUUAACAAGAAUUAUCUUUCAAUAUUUAAACUCCCAAGUAGUAGUAGCCCUCUCAUUUUAAUAAGACUCAAAAUUCUACAAAACCAUCAUUUGGAGAGCCUCCUAGGCUCUGGAAAAUGUGAUCCCUGUUUAAGUGGCUCUAAUUGUUUCAAUAGACUAGAAGUACUCCAACUGCAAUGGGAGGGAUUGUGUUCUGGGAUCGCUCUGAGUGAUGGUAACCCUUCCGGGAAUCUAGGAAGUUCAGUUUCUUAAGUAAUGGAAGACAGCUGGCUUCUGAAGAACAAGCCCACAAACUGACAGUGAGUCCACUAAAGGGAGACAUAGUGCAAGAAAACAC